AUGACAAAGAAUCAGGCCAAGAAAGUUCAACAAUUAAAAGUUGAGACAGGAAGAUGGUACACUUAUUUGAAUUCUGAUUUCAAGAAGGGGGGAUGGUUUCCAGAGGAAGACUUGCUCUUAUGUGAGUAUCAUGGAAAAGUUUAUGGUAAUUAUAGUUUAAUUUCUUUGUUGCCAUGCUUACACAGAACUGAUAAUGCUAUGAAGAAUAGAUUCUCCACCCUGUGUAAGAAAAGAGCAAAACAUGAAGCCUUAGCAAAAGAUAACAAUACUUCAUACAUCAAUCCAAACAACAAAAGGGUCAUCUUUCCAAAUGGGUCGAGUACAGCUGGAAUAUCAGAAAAUGCUACACCUCUGAAGAAGUUGAGAAGGACCCAUAUCUCUGAUCUCACAGAAAACUGCCCGCGUGGAGAAAGGUUCCUUGAGGAAUGUGCAACAACAAGAAGUCAGCAGCUAAGACCUCCAUUUUCAGUACUUCAGCAAAACUUGCACAAUGUGGGUGACCUGCCCACUCAGAAUCAUAUCAACACCACCAAGGAGAUCUCCAAUGAUGGUAAUCCACCAAACUCUUUGAUAAGUGAACUAAAGUCGUAGAAAAUGUACAAUCCACGUGCAUCAAUUACUUUAGGCCAUAGAAAUGUUUGUCAUUUUCGUGCUUUAACAAUACAAGUCUGAUUUUUUUAUUUUAUUUUUUUCAUCCAUGAUUAAAAUGAUGUAAUAAUGUGAACUUGAAUCACAGCUUAACAUAUUUCAUUUAGUAUUUUGUAUAAAUACUUUUAAGGAUGGUUGAUGGAUAUUUGUUUUGUGUGUAUAGAAGUUUAUAUUUUGUAUGCACAU